UCAAUCGUAGCUAGUUCGUCAUUUGAGAGGGUUCUUCCAAAGUAAACAUGAAAUUUUACCUAUUAUUCCUUUUUACGACAAUUUUGAUUAGUUUGUGUGAAUCACAUGAUUCGACUCUUCUUAAGGUUUUGAAUCGCAUCCGGCGUGCUGAGCAGAUUAACAACCAAAAACCGGUCAACUAUGGAUUUCCGGUGUUUGGGACCCCAUCCUGGCCCACUUUUAACACCGGUGGAGGAUGGUCACAGCAGCAGCAACCGGGUGGGUCUUUCGGCAACGGUGCUGGCCUAAAUCUUCAGGGUAGGUUCGAUUUCGGCGGAAUCCCAUCCGGCGGCAAGGGCAACCAGGUGAGCGCCGGGUCCACGUGCACGUACUCCAAGGAUGGCAAGCAAAAGUGUCACCAGUGGGAGGACAAGAAGGGGCAUUAGGUGAACAAGUAUUCACGACUUUUACGUUGUAAUCAUGAUUAAAAUACAUACUACAAAGAGUUAUAC